AUGGAACUUACUUGGUUUUGGCUUACGGUCGUGGCCGUUUUAGCUGGUUCUUUGGCGUCGUUGGCUAUGAGGAGGAAGAAGAAGCUGCCUCCAGGUCCAAAAGGGAUCCCUAUUCUGGGAAAUCUACACAUGUUGGGGGAGAAUCCCCACCACGAUCUGCAAAGGAUUGCCAAAGACCACGGCCCCAUUAUGUACAUGCGAUUUGGGUUCGCUCCAAUCAUCGUCGUUUCAUCUCCUGAGGCAGCUGAGCUUUUCCUCAAGACGCAUGACCUGGUUUUCGCCAGCAGACCUCCUCAGCAGGGUUUUAGGUAUCUCUCAUGGGGUCAGAGGAAUCUGGCAUUUGGGGCUUACGGAUCGUAUUGGCAGAACAUGAGCAAGCUAUGCACCGUGGAGCUGCUCAGCACCCUAAAGAUCAGUUCUUUCCGAUCUAUGAGAAGGGAAGAGCUUGGUCUUUUUGUUGAAUCGCUCAAUGAAGCUUCCAGACUACAUGUUGCUGUCGAUCUUAGUGCCAAGGUCGUGUCCCUGACUGCAGAGAUGAGCUGCAGAAUGAUGUUUGGUAAGAAAUAUAAUGACAAAGACAUAGAUGAGAGAGGCUUCAAAGGUGUGGUCCAAGAAGUGAUGACACUAGUAGCAGCUCCGAAUUUGGGUGAUUACUUUCCUUUCCUUGGAGUCUUGGAUCUCCAAGGACUGACAAGGAAGCUGAAGGCAAUCGCAAAAGUUUUUGAUGUUUUCUUUGAGAAAAUUAUAGAAGAUCAUGUUCGAUCAGGGGGUCGCCCUGAGCAGGCCAAAGACAUUGUUGAUACCAUGAUGUCCAUAAUGCAAAGUGGAGAAUCUGAAUUUCAGUUCGACAGACGUAAUAUCAAGGCCAUUAUGCUGGACUUGCUCAUAGCUUCAAUGGACACAGCAGCAGCAUCGAUUGAGUGGAUACUCUCCGAACUGUUGAGAAAUCCAACAGUUAUGAAGAAACUACAGAAAGAGUUGGAACAAGUUGUCUCAACAGUUAUGAAGAAACUACAGAAAGAGUUGGAACAAGUUGUGGGAUUGAAGAGGAUAGUUGAGGAGUCUGAUCUCGACCAACUCGAAUAUCUCGACAUGGUUGUGAAGGAAAGCUUUAGGCUGCACCCAGCGGCCCCGCUGUUGUUACCUCACUAUUCUAGGGAAGACAGCAAGGUUAAUGGCUAUGACAUACCAAAAGAUUCAAGAAUAAUCAUCAACACAUAUGCAAUUGGCCGUGAUCCAAAUGUAUGGACUGAUCCGGAGAAGUUCAUUCCGGAGAGGUUCAUUGGCAGUGAUAUUGAUGUUAGGGGACAACAUUUCCAGCUCCUCCCAUUUGGGUCUGGGAGGAGAGGUUGCGCCGGAAUGAAACUGGGGCUCAUCCAAGUUCGACUCAUCGUGUCACAGUUAGUCCACUGCUUCGAUUGGCAGCUGCCGAAUGAGAUGUCGCCAGAGGAACUGGACAUGAAUGAGGAAUUUGGCAUUGUUGUUUCAAGGGUUAAUCAUCUCAUGGCAAUCCCUACCUUUCGGUUGCACAACUAGAUUAUGACUCAAAACAAUCUAAAUAAGACAAGCUAAAUAAGUACUCACAGCCAGGCUAUAAGAUAUCAAAAUUAUUUCAAGUCAAGUUCAAUUAUUGCAUAGUUGUUCAAUUUAGAUUAAGAUUAUAACAGAUGAUUAGGGCCAAAUUAUUAAGAAGAGUUAGUAUGCUGAGCACAGAACAAUGUGAUUAACAAUUCAUCAAACACAUUGCGGGCAAUCUUAAAUAGGCACGCAUAUACCAUUCGAAACAUCCCCAAAAACAU